GGAGGAGCCGCGGUGGCAGCUGGACAAGAAAGAAGAAGAUGGAGAUCGGAGGAAGUCUAGCGAAGAAGAAUAUGAAGAAGCAGAAUAGGAGCAUGCGACGGAAGCAGAAUCAGAAGCUUUUCGCUAUACUGUUGGCGGCCUGUUGUUCCGAGUCCCGCGAUCCAAUACUCAUUAAGAAAUGCCUGAACGAACUGCUCCGGCGCCUUCCUCGUGCUCCUCUGUCUCCAUUCCUUUCCCUGCUUCCGGAGCUUCUCAAAUCCAAUUAUACUGAAAUUCAGCGUGAGAGCUUGGAGAUUAUCGGUGCUGCAGCCAUAGCAUCGAUUGAGAUGAAUGAGAAGGUUGCCAUGGAGGAUGAGAUAGUCGAGGGGUUAAUAUCGAACUGUGGAAGUACUAAACCAGAGAUUGCAAUGGCUGCCUGCAAUGCAAUGUUGGAUUUAUCCACAGCAUCGAUUGGACGUCGACGCUUGGUCGAAUUCUCUGCAAUCAAGAGUCUUCUUCUUUGCUUUAUACAGGAAUCCGAAACUCCGGUUUCCACAGUUUCUCUUGCUGAAGAACUAAAAUUGAUCGAGGAAGAUGAAUAUCGAAUUCUGCUUCUCCGUUGUGCUAUCACUCUCGUCAAUUCCUGCUCAGUCGAAGAACUUCAUCAUAUACCAACAAAACUUUCUGAAAAAUUUACCGAACUUUUGAAACUUGUAUGGAGAGCAGCACAUAGACAACAGCUAUGCAGCAUUUCUUCCGGAUGUGAUCAGAUACGUAAGCUCGGCAUCUCAAUAAGUAGUUUGGCUGAAAGUAUAUUCAGGUUAUCUCUAAAAUAUGAUCAAGAUCCGAGAUCAAAAGAUUUUGAAAAUGUUAAGAAAAGCAUUUUUGAUUCGGGAGAAGUUAGCAUUGAACAAUUUUUGUCAGAGAUAUGGGAGGUGUCUCCGAUGCUUAUAGCGAAUAUCUCCGAAGCUGCAAUGAGGUCGAUGUUCAGUCCUUUUGUUAAAUAUCUUGGCCGAAAGGAGGAAAUACCUAAAUUUAUUACCUCGAUGCUAAAAGACACUAUUUCUUGCCCGGCAAUGGCCUCGGACGAUCUGGAUAUUAUUCAUGUCAUCGACGAAUUAAAGAAAGAGCUCGGUUGCCGUAUAGUCUACAAUCAGGAUAUACGCGUUGUGAAAACAUCGUGCGGGGGAAGAGAGUCGCACUAUUUUCAGAAUCAAUUUGACUCUAGCUGCACCUCGACUCCUCAUGUUUUCGGUAUCGAUGAUUUGAAAAAAUGUGAAGAAGCAUUCAAUCAAGGUUACUCGAUAGCGCUGCGCGGCGUGGAAUUUCGAUUUCAAUCUAUUGCAACUAUCGCUAAUGGAUUAGCGUCUCUCUUUGGGCAGCCUUCAGCCGGCGUCAAUAUGUACUUGACACCGUCGAAUUCGCAAGGCCUCGCUCGCCACAGCGACGAUCACUGCGUUUUUGUAUGUCAACUUAUCGGUGAGAAAAAAUGGACAAUAUUUCCUCGGUCCAAUUCCCAGUUACCUCGUUUGUACGAGCCUUUUGAAAGCUUGCAUGAUUUGGGAGGGGAAAGUCCGGAGAUUAAUGGUUGUCGACAUUUUCUUCUGAAAGAGGGCGAUGUUUUGUACAUCCCUAGAGGUUUCCCACAUGAAGCAAGAACUGGUGCAGCGGAUGAUCAAAAUAUUGACGAAAAUAUUGGAUUCUCCCUACAUCUGACCCUAUCUGUCGAAGUCGAGCCUCCAUUUGAAUGGGAAGGCUUCAUGCAAGUAGCAAUGCAUUGUUGGGACAAAAAAGUGUUGUCAUUGCUCCGCAAAUCGAACGAUUCUAUGGAAUGGAACCUACACGUACUCGCCGUAAGGCUCAUGCACGUCGCAAUAAAAUUAAUCGGCGACAGUGACCUGGCGUUCCGGAAGGCUUGCUUAGUUGGCGCUACGGCACUGCCUUCUUACAAAACUCAUCUUUCUAACAAUCAGAACGAUGUUUUCAAGAAUUUGGUCGAUAGAAUUGCGAACGAGGCCAGAUUUUCGGAUGCCCUCCGACAUACGGAGUCGGCUGCUCGGAGAAAUGAAGAUCCUCUCGAGCAUAUAAAAUGGAUUGCGGAAAUGAAGGGGCCGGAGAGUUCGAAUAUUUCAUCUUUAGAUUGCGAUUAUAAUCCCGAGUUAUCGUCGUCGACACAAAUAAACAGUGAAGCUGCGUUUUUGCAGGUGCAAGGGAGGUUUUGUAAUGAAAUAAGGUUGGAAGAGGUGGAACAACAGUACAAGGCUCUGCUGGAGAAGUACAAGAAGGUUAGAAGGCAAUACAACGACGGUAUGCUUUCGCUUCAUUCUGCAAUUACUUCUUCCUAAUGCAGCAUUUAAUAUUUGAGCCGGCCCGGCGCUUUAAUCCAAAGAUAUUCUUGAGUGUACAUACGUAACUGCUGAGUGUAUUCGUGUUUAUAUUUAAAUAUUAAUUAUUAUUUCAAAAUA